CAUUAACUUAAGACUUACUUCGCGCUCUCCUUCUCUCUCUCGUUUACAUUAAACCCCCUUUCUUAUUUUUCACAGUCUCUCCAAAGAACGCAGAGAGAGGUUUCUUGAUCUGUUAAAGCUUCCCAGAAUGCCAAAUUUUCCUGGCGGUUGUACGAGCGCAGAUCAGUUCUCCAAAUACGUUUAUGAAAGAGUAAGGGAAUGCAUCUUGAGGUACAUGAGCAAGGAAGCAACUGCGACACAUCUACAAGAUCGAUAUCAAAUCCCAUACGGAUACACAGAGAGAGCUUGGUGUUAUAUCGAAAAAUUGAACCAAGAUUUCUUCAGAACCUACUUUGAGAACGGUGCACCAAAUGCAGCAGCUCUUGCUAAAGUGGCAAAACAAACCGUUCUUGCUCCUCAAAUCAAAGAAGAAACUGGAUCUUGCAAGACUCCAAAUUCGCCACCAAAGAGAGAUUCAGAUAAGGCACCUGAUACAACGUCCAGAGAGAAAGAGGAACAACUAAUGGAGUUUGUUCGAAAUCUCUUAUCACGAGUGCCUGAAGAAGCUGCGCAUCCACCACAUGAUGGUAAUGCCAUAGUCUCUGUGGAGCAGAGUUCAAGUAAAGCAGGGGGAGAGUCCCAAGCUAUCCAGAAGCCAAAGCUUGAAACUUCUCAGCAACAGCAACAGCAGCCGCUUUACCCCACAGCCGAGUUUUGGAAGAAGCUUUUGACUACUUUAGGUCAGAUUGAGAGUAAUACAGACAAAAUGGUUAAACUAAUGAGUGAUGGACAUGGAUUUGCUUCUGCUGUGGGAUCCUCCAAGAGACAGCGAGAUGAGCAAAGGAAAGAUAGAGGUGACAACGACGAAGCAGAGAAGCUGCAGGAUCAGAACAGUCAACAGCCGGAUGGACAAUCUAGGGGAAACAAGGCUGCAAAGAAACACUAGAGAGAUGAUGAGGUUCUCACAUUAUAGUCUUUUAUAUUAUAGCAGAGACACAUGUUAUGAUAGCUUAUUUUUCUUAUUGUUAUACUAGACACACUACUAGCUUAGCUACGCAAUCUAAGAAACACUGGAGAGAGAUUUUUAUGGGCUCUCUCGAGAGACAAACAUGUAAGAAGUUAAAAAAAAAAAA